AGUCCCCAGGCGCUCGCUGACUGGGGUGGUUGGGACCGUUAGCUCGGCAGGCUGGCAGGCUCCGGGGCGCUACUCCAUUGGCGGCCGGGAUGGAGACGAUGCGAGCUCAGCGGCUGCAGCCUGGUGUGGGCACCAGCGGGAGGGGCACUCUCCGAGCGCUGCGGCCGGGAGUGACUGGGGCCGCGGCUACCACCGCCACACCCCCUGCGGGCCCCCCGCCUGCCCCGCCGCCUCCCGCACCGCCUCCGCCGCCGCUGCUCCUGUCUGGGGCCCCAGGACUACCCCUGCCCCCCGGCGCCGCCGGCAGCCCGGCAGUGCUGCGAGAGGCCGUGGAGGCCGUGGUGAGGAGCUUCGCCAAGCACACGCAGGGCUAUGGCCGAGUGAAUGUGGUGGAGGCACUUCAGGAAUUCUGGCAGAUGAAGCAGUCCCGUGGUGCUGACUUAAAGAAUGGGGCUUUAGUGGUUUAUGAGAUGGUUCCCUCCAACAGCCCUCCUUAUGUCUGCUAUGUCACCCUGCCUGGGGGAAGUUGUUUUGGGAGUUUCCAGUUUUGCCCUACAAAAGCUGAGGCCCGGAGGAGUGCUGCAAAGAUUGCGCUAAUGAAUUCUGUGUUUAAUGAACAUCCUUCCCGAAGAAUCACUGAUGAGUUCAUCGAGAAGAGUGUCUCUGAGGCCCUGGCAUCUUUCAAUGGCAACAGGGAGGAAGCUGACAACCCAAAUACAGGGAUUGGUGCCUUCCGAUUCAUGCUGGAAUCCAACAAGGGCAAAUCAAUGUUGGAGUUCCAGGAGCUAAUGACAGUUUUUCAACUGCUACACUGGAAUGGCAGCCUUAAGGCCAUGAGGGAACGUCAAUGCUCUCGGCAGGAGGUGUUGGCUCAUUAUUCGCACCGGGCCCUGGAUGAUGAUAUUCGCCACCAAAUGGCCUUGGACUGGGUGAGCCGGGAGCAGAGUGUGCCAGGGGCACUGUCUAGAGAGCUGGCCUCUACUGAGCGGGAGCUGGAUGAAGCCCGACUGGCAGGCAAGGAGCUGCGCUUCCACAAGGAGAAGAAAGAUAUUCUCGUGCUGGCUGCUGGGCAGUUGGGCAAUAUGCAUUCUUCCAACUGCUAGGCAUCCACCCACAUACUCCCCAGCCUUUCCACGGCUUUUUUUUAUGUCUCCUUUCUAGGAUUUAGGAUGGUUUUUUGUACAUACUUUCUCAAUUUUAUACUUUAAAAUAUAUAUAUAUGUGUAUAAAUUCUACACCUAGAUUCCUAUUUGCUAAGAGAUCCCUUUUCUUACUUCCAGUUUUUGGAUAUAGUUUUAUUUGAAACAUCUUCAGUCCACUUUACAACAAAGAGCAGGUUGUCUUUGAAGCUUUGUUAGCUCUUAAACUUCCAGAUUAACUAUGUAGUCAUUUCAGUAGCACUAAAAGAUUAACUCAAGUGUUUAUGUCUCCUUCUUUUCAAAUAUCAGGUAGCUUGAAUAAGGAUUAUGUGCCCCACCCUUACUCUCAUUCCUGCUUCCUCUUGGACUCAAACAGGGUAUGAGUAUGAAGAUUUUGCCUUUAGUUCUUGAACUGAACCUGCUUGCUAUCCCUUUCCUCCCCACCACUACCUUAUUCCUUCUCUGCCUCCAAAUUGCCACUUUGUUUUGAGGCUUCCUUCCCUACCUUAUUAUUCUGAAGGAAGUAGAGAUCUUGCUUCUGAAAGCACUUCUAAGAAACUGCCCAGGGACAAGAUAAAUUACAAACAAUUCAUGGGAGUUUACUACCUAAGAUGCUCCUAGGGCAUAUGUAUACCAUACUAGUAGUCUAGAUUUCUGGAUAUACUCUACAGUAGAUGGGGGUUAUGGUUGAAACUGAUUCUCUUUCAGUAUUCCCUCUGCACAUCGCCCCUGCUCACCGAGCUUAGUUGAACCCUGCGUUUAGACCUUCCUGCCUGCAGCUAUUAGUAGAAGGUAAAACAUAUUUCCAUAUUUCCCUUUACCUAACAUUUUAUUUUUUGGAAGCGUUAUCAGUCCUAUUUGGUUAGUGAGAACCAUGUUCCCCUUAUUCCCAAUAAGUUGCUGCUGUUUACUACCUUAGAUUCUCAUUUGUUUUCUCUUUCUUUCCUCUUCUUCCACAUUAAUUAUUAGAACAUGAGUUGAUCAGGAAACUUAAAUGAGACUUUAGUAUUUUGGCACUUCCUAAUUGACACCUUGGGAGACUGUAGGAAGGGAAAGAGAAUCAAUGAUCAGUUGUGUGUGUGUGUGUGUGUGUGUUUUGAAGACAGAGUCUCACACUUUUGCCCAGGCUGGAGUGCAAUGGCGCGAUCUCGGCUCACUGCAACCUCCGCCUCCAGGGUUCAAGUGAUUCUUUUGCUUCAGCUUCCCGAGUAGCUGGGAUUACAGGCACAUGCCACAACGCCUGGCUAAUUUUUAUAUUUUUAGUAGAGACAGGGUUUCACCAUGUUGGCCAGGCUGUUCUUGAACUCCUGACAUAAGGUAAUCCACCCGCCUCAGCCUCCCAAAGUGCUGGGAUUAUAGGCAUGAGCCACUGAGCCUGGCCUAUUUGUGGGGUUUUUUUUGUUUCUUUGUUUUUUUUGAGACUGAGUCUUGCUCUGUCGCCUAGGCUAGAGUGGAGUGGCGCGAUCUCGGCUCACUGCAACCUCCACCUCCCAGGUUCACACCAUUCUCCUGCCUCAGCCUCCUGAGUAGCUGGGACUACAGGCGCCCGCCACCACGCCCAGCUAAUUUUUUGUAUUUUUAGUAGAGACGGGGUUUCACCAUGUUAGCCAGGACGGUCUCGAUCUCCUGACCUCGUGAUCCACCUGCCUCAGCCUCCCAAACUAUUUGUGUGUGUGUGUGUGUUUUUUUUUUUUGAGACGGAGUCUUGCUCUGUCGCCCAGGCUGGAGUGCAGUGGCGCUAUCUCGGCUCACUGCAAGCUCCGCCUCCCGGGUUCACACCACUCUCCUGCCUCAGCCUCCUUAGUAGCUGGGACUACAGGCGCCCACCACCACGCCUGGCUAAUUUUUUUGUAUUUUUAGUAGACACAGGGUUUCACCGUGCUAGACAGGAUGGUGUCGAUCUCCUGACCUCAUGAUCUGCCCUCCUUGGCCUCCCAGAGUGCUGGGAUUACAGGCGUGAGCCACCGCGCCCGGCUCUAUUUGUGUUUUUAACACCAUUCUCCCCCACCUCUCUCCUGGCUGACAUAAGAGAGAAAUAACCUGUAGUACAGCAGCUAAAGUAUUCUCCUUUCAGAGAAUUUUUUUGGAGGUCUCUAAUAUAUAUUUCCCCCUUGUCUCUGUGAUCUCUUUUAUACUAUAUUAUUGUCCCAUGUACUUUCUUUUUUUUUUUUUUUUUUGAGACGGAGUCUCGCUCUGUAGCCCAGGCUGGAGUGCAGUGGCGCAAUCUCCGCUCACUGCAAGCUCCGCCUUCCCGGGCUCACGCCAUUCUCCUGCCUCAGCUUCCCGAGUAGCUGGGACUACAGGCGCCCUCCACCACGCCCGGCUAAUUUUUUGUAUUUUUAGUAGAGACGGGUUUUCACUGUGUUAGCCAGGAUGGUCUCGAUCUCCUGACCUCGUGAUCCACCCGCCUCGGCCUCCCAAAGUGCUGGGAUUAUAGGCGUGAGCCACCACGCCUGGCUUGUCCCAUGUACUUUCUAAACUGAGCUUGGGACAUUUAGUAUUCCUGCAAUUGGACUUUCCACUUAACAAUUAUACAGACUUUGCUUUUAGAAAUAGAUUAGGUUCCAAACAGAAAGUUCAAGUGUAACAACAACAGUAAAAAUAGAUUAUGAAACAGGCCAUAUUUGGCUCUUUUGGAUUUGAUAGGGGCAAGAUGAAAGGCAACUUUCUUGCUUUUGAAAUCAUGUUGGAUAAGAGGUAAGGAAUCCAGCUACAAUUUUAUUAGUGCUUGAAACAGGCUUCUUUGAAUUCUCCAGGCCCUAUCUUUUUUUUUUUUUUUUUUUUUUUUUGAGACGGAGUCUCGCUCUGUCACCCAGGCUGGAGUGCAGUGGCGUGAUCUCGGCUCACUGCAAGCUCCGCCUCCCGGGUUCACACCAUUCUCCUGCCUCAGCCUCUCCGAGUAGCUGGGACUACAGGCGCCCGCCACCACGCCCGGCUGAUUUUUUGUAUUUUUAGUAGAGACAGGGUUUCACCGUGGUCUCGAUCUCCAGACCUCGUGAUCCGCCCGCCUCCGCCUCCCAAAGUGCUGGGAUUACAAGCGUGAGCCACCGCGCCCGGCCAUUUUUUUUUUCUUACUGAUCAGAAGAGAGCUGGGGUAGAAGCCCCAUCUUUGUAUUCCAUGAAACACAUCGGGUUGGAGUAAAGGCAAAAACAGCUAGACAUACCAGGUGUGUCUGUUUGUAUUGAUAUUUAUAAGCUGGCACUCAUCAACACUCCUGUUUCUUCUUUCUCUGGGAAGAAGUGUGGGUUAACGGGUGUGAGUUGUGGGAAGAAUUGCCCUCGUACCUCCUGGAUUUAUUAUUUUUCUCAAAUACCAACCAGUAAGAUCCCAAAUAACUUCAGAAAAAUUGUUUCCUGAUCUGUCCACUUCUGGUGUCAAAGAUUUUACUCAUCUUCUUAGUACAUUCUAUGUAUUUUAUAUGUAUAAUUUUAUACAAUUAAAAAUAGAUUUUUGUCUAGUGA